AUGCAUUCUUCGCUGGUCCGUGUUCAAAGUGUCUUUAGUUUCUUUACAACAGUUACAUUCUGUGUCGCUGCCUUUGUAGCAUUGUCAGCUGUCCCUUUCCCCGCAAACCCAACAGCUACUGUCGAUGUUCGCAAGUUUCGUGUGAUAAGGGGACGAGCUCACCAAUAUUAUGCUUCAAAAGUGCAGGAAUACGCAUUCAUUAACUUUGAUCUUGAUGCUGAUCUAGAAUCUCUCUUCAACUGGAACACAAAACAAGUAUUCACCUAUAUCUCUGCCUCUUACCCGGGCUCUAAAUUUUCUGAGAAUGAAGCUGUCAUCUGGGAUGCAAUUCUCCCUCACCGCUCAGCUUCGAGACUCCACCUUAAGAAUGAACGCGCAAAAUAUAACAUUAAUGAUAUAACUGGGAAGUUUUCUGAUCGUGAGAAUAUCACACUGAGCCUUUACUGGAACGUACAGCCACGUGUCGGUGUGCUUACUUGGGGUUCAGUCGGGUUGUCUGAGGCAUUCAAGUUACCGCCUUUGGAAGGUAAAGGGAAGGUCUCGGCAAAGAACUAA